UUCUUCAGCACUAACUAAACAAACAAAUAUCUCAAAGCGGAUCGGGUGGGCCCGAAUCCGAGUUCUUUUUUAUUUAUUUUUUGUUCCUCAAUUUGGUUCUACUUCUUUGAUUCAAAAUUAGGGUUUAGAAGAAAAGGCCGUUGAUUUUGAAUAGGAAACAGAUUUGAGCUUGAGAAUCGCCGUCUUCUCCUUUCAUUCAAUCCAUUCGUGUAUCUGUUGCAGCCAUGACUGAGUUUUGGGUUAGCCAAGGAAAUAAAUGGUGUGAUUUCUGCAAAAUCUUCAUAUCGAACAAUCCUACGAGCAUUAGGAACCAUGAACUUGGUACGCGCCACAAGGAAAGUGUGGGCAAUAGGCUUAACACAAUGCGACAAGAGAAAGCUACAAAAGAUAAAGAGUUAAAAGAAGCAGCCCGUGCUCUGGAGCAAAUUGAAGCGAAAGCUCAACGCAGCUAUGAUAAGGACAUGGCUCGAGUAAAAGAAGCCAGAAGUACCAAUAUACAGGCCCUGGCUACUCAUGAUAAUGGUCAAGCGACUACCAAGGGAUCUGCUGUAUCAGAAGAAUGGGAGUAUGACAGCUCAUCCGGCUACUAUUACAAUCAAAGUAAUGGAUGUUCCUAUGAUCCUAACUCUGGCUUCUAUUAUACAGAUGUUUUAGGUAGGUGGGUAACACAGGAAGAGGCACUUGCUGCAACUCAAGUUUCUUCAACGUCCAUUUCAAAGAAACCUUUAGCGAAAGCACCUGUAUCAACAAUGGGUGCUGGAUCUUCAGAAAAUAAAAACACAGUAUCUCAUCAAAGUGGUCCUCCACCAGGACGUGUUGUUUCAACCCCUCCAAAUCCCAUGAGAUCUGCUAAAGGUAGACCUUCUUCACUAAUGGUUAACAAAAGGAAAAGGGAGAAUGAGAAGCCAAAAGCUGUUACUGAGGAGGAAGCAACAGCACGUAAGGCCAGGGAGGCUGCAAGGAAGAGAGUUGAAGAGAGAGAGAAAUCACUGCUUGGUCUGUAUAAGCAUUGAUUUGUGUAUCUUUGUCAAACAUUUUCUCGCUGAAAGGAGGAAUAUUUGACAAGGUGAUGCCAAACAAAUGUGUUGAGGAUUCUCAGUGACAUUUACAACAUUCAAUCACCCAAAAUUCACCACACAAUGUUAGGCUGCGAAGGUGGUAUUCUAAUUGCUUCACCAAUUACUUGACUGACAGUUUAUUACAUUAAAUCCCGUACACAAGGAGUCUGGGUGAGGUAUGCAGCCUAAUCUAUUCAUGCACUUUCAACCAGUGAACUGCCCCUACAUCACGAAGUUUGUAUUGUUGUUGUAUCAUGUGCGGUUCUCCCAAUUAAAACAUUUAUAUAACUGUACAUGUGUGGCGAAUGAAGAAUUUGGUUCAAGAUUCAAACUGAUUCUUUUCUUUUACGUGUUAAUUUCGAGAUCAAGUUAUCCGGCGUUCAGAGAAAUUGAACGAAAAUUUUUAA